AUGGCUGCUAUGAGAUUUGUUCAAUUAGUGAUAAUAUUAGUCAAUGUUUUCAAAUGCGAGGCGUAUAAGCGAGACGUUUUUAGUAGUGCUAUGCAAGGCAUAAGCCUUGAAGCAUUGAGGCAUCGAGUCGUUUCCAGAUCUGCAACGCCUUCUCACGCCUUGCUCCGCCUUCUCAUGCCUUGCAACGCCUUCCCAGCGCUAAAUGUGCAACUUGCGAAACAGCCGACCGCUUGGGGUGUUUUCCUCCCGCCUCGCGCUGACGCGCGCUCCGGCGUGCGCGAAGGCAUGCCUUUGAAAACACUGAUAUUAGUACAUUGCCCUUAG